CCAUUUUGUGCUGCUGCGCCGGGUAUUUAUCUGACGAGUCGUGACUCCUCCGUUUACACUGCUAGUUAGGUUGCCAGACGGUUCCUGUCGGUCCCGCUUUCUGACUCCGAGGCCUUCGAUAGCGUUAUUUCUCUUUUCGAGUCAACAUAAAUAAUUAUAAUUUUGUAUAUUUAGUCCGUUUUAUACCGUGUGAGAAAGAAUGUCGGCCGAAAGUCCCGAAUACUCUCCGUUCUUCGCAGUGAUGGGCGCCUCUGCGGCCAUGGUCUUCAGCGCCUUGGGUGCCGCCUACGGCACGGCCAAGAGCGGCACGGGGAUCGCCGCCAUGUCUGUGAUGAGGCCGGAGCUCAUCAUGAAGUCCAUCAUCCCAGUGGUCAUGGCGGGUAUUAUAGCCAUCUACGGCCUGGUGGUAGCGGUGCUUAUUGCCAACAACAUCUCAGAGAAGGUCACCCUCUACAAGAGCUUCCUGCAUCUGGGCGCCGGGCUCAGCGUGGGCCUCAGCGGCUUGGCGGCAGGUUUUGCCAUCGGCAUCGUGGGCGACGCCGGCGUGAGGGGCACGGCUCAGCAGCCCAGGCUCUUUGUGGGCAUGAUCCUCAUCUUGAUUUUCGCCGAGGUCUUGGGUCUCUACGGGCUCAUUGUCGCCCUCAUUCUGUCCACGAAAUAAACACCCAGGCGUCUCCAAUGAAAGAUCUGUCCUUUAUGUUGCUGCUGGAGAAAAAGUGUAAAACGGGGGAAAUUUGUAUAAAAUUAAAAAAAAAAAGAAUCAGCCACUUGAGAUGAAAGAAGUAAAGGCGUCGAAAUGAGGAUUUGAAAUGGCUACAUGAAUAUGGUCUUAUCUCAACGAUGUGUACAAUUGUCCCAAUUUGAUAGUCAACUUGUAAAUGCGCAAUGUAGUGAUUUGUCUGUCUUGGUGUGUGUGUGUCUGCGUGCAUGUGUGCGCGUUUUUAAAAUUGUAUGAUAGAUUCCUUUUUUUUCCCUCCACUUAUUUCAGGCCUUGAGGCCGUUUGAGGCAGCGCCUCCGUCUGAGGCAGCUCGGCCUCUGGUCUUACAGCUUUUUCUCCUCCCGUAUCAACUUGGGAGUCGACACAAUUUCUGCAUUAAUCUUGAGGAUCUAUUUGUAAAGAGAAAUGUUUAUGGACGUACGUUUUUUUUUUGGUCCGCAUUUUAUUUAUAAGAAAUUGUUCAUCGAACUGUUUAAUGCAGCAAACGUCUAUUUCCCCAGGAUAUAUUAUACAUAUAUAUAUAUAUAUACAGACAUAUAAAUAUCUACAUAGAUUUAAUGCACUGUGGGUAAAUUGUGAUAAGUGGUUGGAAUUCCUCUGGAUGUAUUUCUUUAAUGAUUAAGAUUGCCUUUAGUAUGUUGCUGGUGAAGUGGGAGUUUUGUGUGUAGCUGUAUUCUAAUCAUUACGCAAACAUUCUCAAACUUCCCCGUUUUUCCUGUAGUGCUGUUUGCAUUAAAGGUGUGUGUGUGUGUGUGUGUGCGCCCCGUGUUGGGUCUCACAAGUGUAAUUUCCAGAAGUUCAUCUCCUCUCCAUCGUCUUCACCUCCCGCCCCCCCCCCCCAUCUGUGAUCUCUUCCACAUUCCAGUCAUUCGGGUCCUGCAUGGGUUUCAGUGUUUUGUUGCUGUUGAAUAUGAAGCGGAGGGGCAGGCUACUUUCAGCAGACUUUAUCCAGAUCAAAAAGACUCUUUACACGGUGCAUACUUUGUCCAAAAGUAUGAACUCUGGUUCACACGACAAAAGCUUCAUUGUGUCUUUGUAGCAUUCAGACCGGUUUGACUUGAUCUGGUUGUUUUCUGAAAUUGGAACUGCUGCCGACGCGUUUACUGAAGCGCCAAUCUGUAUUCCGACUGAUCGUGAGGUUGUCCUGAUGUGUCACAAUCGAAUUAAAGAAGAAUCCAACUUCGUUUGGGCUGGCUUCCAACA